AUGGCAGGGAGACAGUUUUUGCACCCCGCCGCCCGCCUGGCUCCACCUCUAGCCUGUCAAGUCCCGCCACCACCGGCGUUUCCGCCUCUGCCGCCCCGCGGCGCGGAGUGUCUGGCGCCGGUCCUGCAGCCCUGGCCCUCUGCUCGGCCGCGGCCGCCUGGGGCCGCCUCACCGGCGCUGGCGAGGAGGGGAGGGGAGGGGACCAGACUCGUCUGGGAACUGGCCUGGGCCGCUCCUGCCUGUGCCUCUGCCCGCUUCCUGCGCCUCCCUCCAGCCUCCCGCAGCCUCCCCCAUCAGGGUCUGCUCUGGGACCUCGGAUGCCCAGUCGCUGAGGCUCGCCCCACGGACCUGCUUCUCCGACGUCCCCAGCAGGCUCCCCGGCCUCGGCUCUGCGAGCUGUUGGGUCCUGAGCGCCCCACCACUUGGGGCCUGGCCUCCGUGUUCUCCAACCGUGCAUCCCGGAAGUCGGCCUCACACACUGAGAACAACAUGGCAGAGGGCGAGGGCUACCAGAACCCCACGGAGGUGCAGAUGAGCCAGCUGGUGCUGCCCUGCCACACCAACCAGCGCGGCGAGCUGAGCGUCGGGCAGCUGCUCAAGUGGAUUGACACCACCGCCUGCCUGUCCGCGGAGAGGCAUGCUGGCUGCCCCUGCGUCACAGCCUCCAUGGACGAUAUCUAUUUUGAGCACACCAUUAGUGUUGGACAAGUGGUGAAUAUCAAGGCCAAGGUGAACCGGGCCUUCAACUCCAGUAUGGAGGUGGGCAUCCAGGUGGCCUCCGAGGACCUGUGCUCUGACAAGCAGUGGAGCGUGUGCAAGGCCUUGGCCACCUUUGUGGCCCACCGGGAGCUCUCCAAGGUGAAGCUGAAGCAGAUCACGCUGCGGACCGAGGAGGAGAAGACAGAGCACAGCGUGGCAGCCGAGCGCCGGCGCAUGCGGCUGGUCUACACAGACACCAUCAAGGACCUCCUGGCCAACUGUGUCAUUCAGGAUGAUCUGGAGAGCAGAGACUGUAGCCGCAUGGUGCCAGCCGAGAAGACCCGAGUGGAGAGUGUGGAGCUGGUCCUGCCCCCACACGCCAAUCACCAAGGCCAUACUUUCGGGGGCCAGAUCAUGGCCUGGAUGGAGAACGUGGCCACCAUUGCAGCCAGCCGGCUGUGCCGUGCCCACCCUACGCUGAAGGCCAUUGAGAUGUUCCACUUCCGGGGCCCAUCCCAGGUUGGGGACCGCCUGGUGCUGAAGGCCAUCGUGAACAACGCUUUCAAGCACAGCAUGGAGGUGGGCGUGUGUGUGGAGGCCUACCGCCAGGAGGCCGAGACCCAGCGGCGGCACAUCAACAGCGCCUUCAUGACCUUUGUGGUCCUGGAUGCAGAUAACCAGCCUCAGAUGCUACCCUGGAUUCGGCCCCAGCCUGGAGAUGGCGAACGGCGGUACCGAGAGGCCAGUGCCAGGAAGAAGAUCCGCCUGGACAGGAAAUACAUCGUGUCCUGUAAGCAGGCGGAGAUGCCCCUCUCUGUCCCCUGGGACCCUAGCAACCAGGUGUACCUGAGCUACAACAACGUCUCCUCCCUGAAGAUGCUCGUGGCCAGGGACGACUGGGUGCUGUCCUCAGAGAUCAGCCAGGUCCGCCUGUACACUCUAGAGGAGGACAAGUUCCUCUCCUUCCACAUGGAGAUGCUGGUGCACGUGGACGCCGCCCAGGCCUUCCUGCUGCUCUCAGACCUCCGUCGGAGGCCCGAAUGGGACAAGCACUACCGGAGCGUGGAGCUAGUGCAGCAGGUGGACGAGGAUGAUGCCAUCUACCACAUCGUCAGCCCCGCCCUCGGCGGUGACUCCAAGCCCCAGGAUUUUGUGAUCCUGGCCUCUCGGCGGAAGCCUUGUGACAACAGGGACCCCUAUGUCAUUGCGAUGAGGUCAGUUACGCUGCCCACGCACCUCGAGACCUCGGAGUACAGGCGCGGGGAGACCAUCUGUUCAGGCUUCUGCUUCCGGCACGAGGGGGACCAGUUGACCAAGGUGUCCUACUAUAACCAGGCCACCCCAGGCUUUCUCAAGUACGUGACCACCAACGUGACUGGCCUCUCCUCUGAGUUCUACACCACCUUCAAGGCUUGUGAGCAGUUCCUCUUGGACAACCGGAACGAUCUGGCCCCCAGCCUCCAGACCCUCUAGGCAUCUUCAGUGGCCACCUCACGCCCAACUCCCACUCCAUCCUGCCCUGAGGACACACACGCAGUGCACUGAGGAAGGCAGAGGCAUUUAUUCCUUCCUGCCACCCCCAUGGGAAGCCUGGACCCAGGGGUCCACCAGCCCAGCACCCCUGGGUGGUCACUUUCUGCCAACAUCCGCCAGCAAGUCUUGGUAGUAACU